AUGACCGUCGAUCGUACAUCCAUCACCUUCACGUUCAAAGGCAAUGCCUUGGAAAAGGUCGCGGCGGUGCUAGCAAGAUACCCGGACGACGAUUCCUACGCUUACGAGCGCAAUGGCGAAUGGUUUGUUGGUCUGGGAACCAAAUCAACCCUACUCAUCGACUCGACGGGGAAGACCGCCACCACAAUCACGGCAUCAGGGAUUAAAUCCUCCUCGAUUGCAGGAACAUCCAUCUCCAACUUUGCCAGAGAAUUUGUGGAUGAGAAUCUGAGAUCAGGCGGCAAGAUCUUCGGUCAAGUCGGGUUCAACUACGCGUCUCAUAUCCGCCAGCAAGAAUUCAAAGCCGGCCAGUGGCCACUACUUAGUUUGCUGGCUCCAGUGGUCGAACUCACCUUUCGACAGGAUGAGAUCACCGUGGCGGGCUCCGAUCACGGUCGAGUCAGGGAACUGCACGACUUGCUUCAUAAUGGAGAUCUCAAUAUUGACAAAUCCCUUCUUGAAAACACUGCUCAACCCGACACGCAAGCCAACCGGGAAGAGUACAUCUCGAGAGUGGAAGAAGCACUACUUGAGAUCGGUCAAGGCCACUAUGCCAAAGUCAUCCCAUCGCGCGCGGUCAACAUCUCAAAUGAGAUCAACAUGCCCGCCACGCUUCUUCUUGGCCGUCAGGCCAACAAUCCUGCCCGCAGUUUCUCGUUCAACCAUGGCGGAUUUCAAGCCACCGGGUUCAGUCCGGAAUUGGUCAUGUCCGCCAAGCAUGGCAAAGUGAUCACCGAGCCAUUAGCCGGGACUCGAUCUCGCAAAGGAUCUCCAGCAGAGGUCGAAAAGCUCCGUCGGGAGUUACUGAGCGAUCCCAAGGAGAUUGUCGAGCAUGUGAUAUCGGUCAGAGAAGCCGUUGAGGAACUGCACCGAGUAUGUGUACCGGAUUCCAUCUUCAUUGAUGAUUUCAUGUCCAUUCGCCCACGAGGAGCCGUUCAGCACCUCGGCUCUCGAGUGGCAGGCAUGCUGGCACCUGACAAGGACAUGUGGGAUGCUUUUGAGGUCUUGUUCCCUUCCAUCACCGCGUCGGGAAUUCCGAAGAAUGCAGCUAUUCAGGCCAUUCAACGCUUGGAACCUCAGCCGAGGGAGCUUUAUUCGGGAGCCGUUCUCAUGAUUGAAGACCUGGAAUCCCUGGAGGCUACACUGGUGCUACGCAGUGUCUUUCAGGAUUCGGCUCGUCGAUGGAUCCAAGCUGGCGCGGGUGUCAUUCAGCAGUCAAAUCCAGAACGUGAAUUGACGGAAACCUGCGAGAAAUUGGCAAGUGUCUCUCCCUUUGUCGUGGUUGAUUAG